AACCCCAAGGUCCCCCACUUCUUCAAAAUCCUCUCUUUUUUAUCCUACACUCUAAUCAUAGUUCUUCCCCAUCAUCGUCAUCAAGUAGCACCUCCACCUCCUCCAGUAACACCAGGCAACAUACCAACAUAGAGAAAAACAACAACAAAAACAAAAAACUGUCAUACCCACAUGGAUUUGCUGAUGCAAUGAAAGUUAGAGAGUUCAAUUAUGCGAACGCUUUGUGACGCUUGUGAGAGCGCGGCGGCUAUCGUUUUCUGCGCCGCCGAUGAGGCCGCACUCUGUCGUGCCUGUGAUGAGAAGGUUCACAUGUGCAAUAAGCUAGCUAGUCGGCAUGUAAGGGUUGGUCUUGCAAGUCCAAGUGAUGUGCCAAGCUGUGACAUAUGUGAGAAUGCACCAGCUUUCUUCUAUUGCGAGACAGAUGGAAGUUCCCUUUGUUUGCAGUGUGAUAUGAUAGUUCAUGUUGGAGGUAAAAGAACUCAUGGAAGAUAUCUUCGGUUUAGGCAAAGAGUUGAGUUUCCAGGAGAUAAAUCUAGUCAUGCAGAAAACCCAGCUUUGCAACCUCUGGAACCAGGUGAGAUUAAAAGAGGACAACAUCCAUUUCCCAGACUAAAAAUGGGAGAGAAGCAACAAAAUCACAGGAUGCCGAUGGUUCUAUCGCCAGAAUCUGAUGCUGAUGGGCAUGCCAAGAUGGAAACGAAAAUGAUUGAUUUGAACAUGCAGCCUAACAGAAUACAUGAACAAGCAUCAAAUAAUCAGCCAUAAAUCAUGCAACUAGGCAAUGCAGUUCUGACAGGAGCUCACACCAGAAAUAUACCAAUGGAAAAAGCUUCGUAUUGUUCUCAUGCAUGCUAGUCACAAGGAUGGCAUACUCUGUUAACAUCCAGUUCUGGCAAAUGAGGCACCGAAGUCUUUUGAGGAGUUUGUUCGCUUAUGUAGGAAUUUAAUUUGGUAGUUCAACACAACAUGUCUAUACUGCAAAAGCACUGUUAACUGUAUACCUGUGAUCUCUUUCAAUGAAUUGUGUGUUAGACUUUUGUUUCUGGUUUCAGUUCUGUAUGCCAUAACGCUCCCCCCUUGCCAAACCAACAUACGGUGGUAGAAAUUGUAGCUUCUAAAUUUUCUGAUUCAUAAUUUUUCCUUUUUGUUUCUUUGUUUGAGAUGGGGAUUGGCACCCCUCAUGUUUUGUUUGUGAUUAUGAUUUUAGUCUAAUUUGAGUCGUGUAUAGACAAAUCAAUAGUUU